AUGUUCUCAAAGCUAAGUAAUCUUCGCUAUCUUUUUAUUUCGAAUAACCGUUUUUCUGUAACAUACUUAGAUUCAAAUUCCACUCUUCCCAAAUUAUUUUCUUUAGGUUUGGCUUCAUGUAGCAUAAGUAGUACGUUUCCAAAUUUCUUGAAAAGCCAAGAGGAAUUGCAGUACUUAGAUAUGUCCAACAACAGAAUUGAAGGUGAAAUUCCCAACUGGUUCAUCAACAUGGGAGUUGAGAAUUUUUAUCGUUUGAAUCUUUCUCACAACUCCCUUACUGGUUGGGAAACACCCCAAUUUAUUCUUCCAUGGAAACUCUUGAGAAUUCUUGAUUUAAGUUUCAACAAGAUGCAAGGUUCUCUUGUGGUACCACCAAUGUCCACACAAUACUUCUUCAUGUCAGAAAACAAUAUAAGUGGAAGAAUUCAUCAUAGGUUUUGUUACUUGACUGAGCUUGUUGUCUUUGAUGUGUCCAAUAAUCGCCUAAGCGGGGCCGUUCCACCAUGCUUGGGAAGCUUGAGCAGAGAGCUCUCCAUGUUGAGUUUGAAAGGGAACAAUUUCAAUGGGAAAAUACCUCACAAAUUUAUGGAUGGAAAUAAGUUGAUGACAUUGGACCUCAGCCACAACCAUUUCCAAGACAAAGUUCCAACAUCACUGAUCAAAUGUAAAGCAUUAGAGGUUAUUAAUCUUGGACACAACCAUUUAAGUGACAAAUUUCCAUUUUGGCUCCAAAAUCUUCCAAAGUUGCAAGUUCUUGUACUGCGUUCCAACAACUUUUCUGGCCAAAUAUGGCGUCCCAACAAGAUUGUAGGGUUUGACAUGUUGCGAAUUGUCGACCUUUCCUUCAACAAUUUCAAUGGAAAUUUACCAUCAGACUACUUCAAGAACUGGAGAGCCAUUAAUACAGAAAUUCCUAGCACAAACAAAUCAAAGACAGUGUACAUGGAGCAUAAAGAGGACUAUUAUCAGAACUCAGUGACAGUGAUGAAUAAAGGUUCAGAAAUGGAACUGGUGAAGAUCUUGACAAUCUUCACAUCUAUUGAUCUCUCAAACAACCAUUUUCAUGGUGACAUUCCAAGAAGUGUAGGAUAUCUUCCAUCAUUGAUUGUGCUCAAUCUUUCAAGUAACAACUUUGAAGGCCCUGUCAUGUCUUCCUUGGGAAAUCUUAAACAACUUGAAUCGUUGGAUCUCUCUAACAACAAGCUUUUUGGUACAAUUCCUCAAGAGUUGGAGAGUCUCACAUUCCUUGCAUAUCUUGACCUUUCAAAAAAUAAACUCACAGGGCCAAUCCCACAAGGUGGCCAAAUUACUACAUUUGAAAAUUCUUCUUUUGAAGGGAAUGUAGAUUUAUGUGGCCUUCCUUUGUCCAAAAAAUGUGGACAAACCACUGAUGACAACCCCACUACUCACCAAGAGGAGGAAUCUGAUGAGUUUGGUUUUACUUGGAAAUCUGUCAUGGCUGGUUAUGUAUGCAGCUUUGUUGUUGGAAUGAUUGGUGGAUAUUUCAUCAUAUCAAAUAAACCAAAUUGGCUCAUCAAAAUUUAUGGAAGAAAGAUUUAGUAUUGUGGAGUAAUAUGUUGUAUCUAUACCUCUUUAAUUUUACAGUAGUUAAUUUUUUAUGUGUUCUCUUCGUUUUGAUAUUUUCUUUUGGUAGCAUACAUAUCUCAAAUAAUCAAGAAGAAUUCUACUUCGUUUGCUUUGUGAGAAAUUUUGCCUAAUGAUAUCUUAUAAUAUGAUUUAGUUAAUUGAGUUUGGAUAUAUUUAUAGAAAGCAACCAUAUAUAAUACUAUCAAUUUUGUGUAGUGGUAUGGAUUGGAUUGAUAGGGACAUCUAUUUGAAGAAAUUAUAAUUCGAUUUUUUUAUACGAAA